GAGGAGUGUCAUGGAAAGUCUAAGAGGGGCACUUGUUCCAGGGCUGCCUGGACAAUGAAGAAUCGGCUGCCACCCCCUCUCUCGCCCCCCAGGCGAUGCCAAGGCGGGCGGCUGCCGGCACAUGAAUAGCAGGUCUGUUCCAGCAGCUGCGUCCUGGUCCUGCUGGGAGCCCGCAGGAGCACAGAGCGCUCCGCUCCGCGCUCCGGCUGCUCGGGAGAGAGACCUGGGGGCAGAAGGAUGGCCUCGGCAAGGGACAGCACCAAUCCUCACGGCGUGAAUCCUCACCUCCGGAUCAACGGGCCGAUGAACAUCAACCACUACGCGACCAAGAAGAGCGUGGCAGAGAGCAUGCUGGACGUGGCGCUGUUCAUGGCCAACGUCACGCAGCUCAAAGCUGUGCUGGAGCAGGGGACCUCCUUCCAGUACUACGCCACCCUCAUCGUGCUCAUCAGCAUCUCCCUCUUCUUCCAGGUCAUGAUUGGGAUUCUCCUUAUCAUCACUGCUCGUUUGAACCUGAAUGAUAUUGCAAAGCAACCCCGCCUGAAUAUACUCAACAACGCUGCCACAGCUCUCAUCUUCAUCACAGUCAUCCUCAACAUCUUCAUCACAGCCUUUGGGGUGCAGAAGACUGGCCUCUACCCUUCUAGGAAUUUUGGACCUUAUUAAUUCAUGGGGCAAUGGACUCAGGUAAGAAAGGGAUCUGAGCAGUGCAGCUCUCCUCCGUGUUUCCACUGACCUCAGCAGGAGCCCAUGGAUGAAUCCAGAAAACUGGGUUAAACUUCAAAACUCUGUGUAUGUCAUAGCAUAUCGGCCCCUUGCUGUAAUGCUUUUGCAGUUCUGAGGGGUAGGAGCAUUGCCUUUCCAAGCUAGAACAAACUUUGCAAGAGGAAACUGCAGGAACAGCAGCAGGUAUACAUUUUGAAAGUGCAGUUCUGUAAAUCCCUUUUCUUAUUUUAGCUGCCAGCUUCACAUAUUCAAUAUUGGUUCAUUUGGUAGAGAAGACUGAAUGAUUUACUUUGUAGGCUAAAUAAAUAAGUCCAGCUUUUUUUUUUUUUUGUCUCAAACAUAAGUUGAUGCCCUUAAAGCAAUUCUAUCUAAUAGUUUACCUCCCAAAUGUUGGAAUGGAUUUCUCAAACUAAAAAAGAAGUUUUCCUAGGAGGAUAGAAUGGUGUGUGUACAUGAAGAUAGCUAGAACCAGUUCAAAUGUUUUCCUAGUUGUUUAAAAUUAAAUGUGACAUAGUUAAGGAAACAAUCAGAUAUUUCCAGCACUGGAAUAUUAACAAGGACAGAAAAUAGUUAUUGUGGUCUUAUGUCAUCAUCAGCAACCUAUCAGGAAUGAUGUCAGAAUAGCCUGACAAUACUUAAUAGAAAAUGAAGAAACAUUAUACAUAAGGACACAGCCUAGGCUUAUUGCUGCAAUGAAAAAUUACAGUUGAAUAGCUUAUUACUUUAUUUUUAAAAUCAGCAUUAUGAUUUAUUCUUAUCAUUAAUAUAAAUGUUUUAAAAUGUAUUUGGUUUAUAAUGACAGCUCUAGUAAUUCUCUUGUAUUAGAACAAUUUGUUUCCUUAAGAAAAAAAAUCCUUUGAAUUAAUGAGUUUCAAGAUUUUUAUGAAAGAGUAAAGAUUUUCAAUCCUAAAUGUUUAAACUCUAUAGUCAUGCUAAAAAAUGGUAUUUUAAUA